AUGUCGAGUAAGAUCCGAAAUUGGCUUUAUGGAUGGCUGGGUAAGAAAAAGUUUGGUUUGCCAACUUAUAAAGUGACGUUACUGACAACUGACGAUAGAACAUUGCGCUACAGAUGUGAAUUAACUGUAACAGGUCAGUCGCAUGUGGGAGUAGGAAUUUCAACGAAUAAAAAGGAUGCUGCAAAUAGUGCUGCUCAGGAUUUUAUUCGGUUUCUUAUUCAGCAAAAUUUAAUUGAUUCCUGGGAAAUCCCGGAUGACAGCGAUUUCGUAUCGAAAAAUGAAAUUAUGGAAUCAACUAGCUUCGACAUUCCAAAAGGAGAUAAAGAUGCAGGGAAUACAAGUUUGAUGAACGAAGGAACAGAUACUUCACUGCGGAAAUCAGUCGAUUUACCAUCAAGAAUGUGGACAGAAGAUGAAUGUUAUCCUGAUCUAAGACUAGAUUCAACUUCUUUGGAGAUAGCUAAUAUGGAGUGCGGAAAGCAGUUGAUUCGCAUUCAGCCCAUGUAUCAACAGAUGGCACUCAUGGAGGAUGGACAGUUAACAACAGUCUAACA